AUGGAGUGCCCGCACCUAGCUCAGAGCGUCCGACUCGGUGCUAACGACGUUGAAACGACCUGCACGAAGGAUUUGCCGUUCGUCUGCGCAGUAUGCGGUACCGAGAAAAGUACGUGGCUCUGUUUGCAUUGCGGAGCAGUACAUUGUGGAAGGUAUGUCGCCGGACACGCGUUGCAGCAUCACGAGAAGAAUACUCAGCAUUGCGUGUGCAUCGAUUGUGAAAACCUCUCGGUCUUCUGUUACACGUGCGAUGAAUACGUGAUAAACGACACGACGAGCGGGCAGAUAGAAAAGAUACGUCAAAUAAUCUUUCGGAAGGAUGAACACAAGGAGAAUGAUGAGAGUUGGAGUACAACGCCGGCAACGACGCCGUCGUCUAGACGAGAAAGCAGCGAGGAUAACGACGCCGAUGCACUUUGGAAGGCCGAAGUGGUCGUGAGAAAUUUACGGCCAAGAACGGCAAGGAAAAGGUUGCAUUCGUUAGACGGUACUAGCGGGGACAAUAGGCCAGCGACUAAGCGUAGAAGCUCGAAGAUAACCAAAGAGAAAAAGGUCGUCGGCCUGAGGAAUCUCGGGAACACUUGUUUCAUGAACGUCGUACUCCAAUCGUUCAACAACAUCAGCCACUUUUGCGAAUACCUCACGCAAAUGCCGUGCCUCGAGGGCAUAGCUUUCGACCCGUCGGAACCACCAACUCACAGAGGUCGCAUCGUUACACCAGGAAGAGCAAAGGAACUUAUGAGUGAUGCUCUUCUUGCCGAAGAAUUACGAAAAGUUCUUCUUGGUUUGAGCCUCGGUGGUUCCAAUGGUCAAGCCAUCUCCCCGGAGUGUCUCUUCCUCGUCAUAUGGAAAGUCGUGCCACGAUUUAGGGGUUACCAACAACAGGACGCUCAUGAGUUUCUCACCUACAUGCUCGAUAGAUUGCACACAGAAUUGUUACAACUAUUACCUAGGCUUGGACACGAGCCUCUUGGUUUACGUGGAAAGCAGAGCAUCGUUACCGCCGUUUUUGGAGGCACUCUCCUCAGCGUGGUCCACUGCAUGAAUUGCCGCACGGACUCGAAGACGCACGAACCCUUCCAGGAUCUCUCGUUGGAUAUACCGGACAGAUUGCAACGACGUACGAAGGAACAGGAAGAGGUCUGUAGUCUCACCUACAGUCUGACAAGAUUCUUCAAGGUCGAGGAACUGGCCGACAGCGAGUUAUACUUUUGCGAUAAUUGUAUGGGGAAACAACGGUCCACCAAGAGGUUCUGGAUACAUAGGCUGCCUAACGUGUUGUGCCUUCACAUUAAAAGAUUUAGGUGGUGUAAUUCCUAUCGUUCGAAGGUGGACACACAGGUGGACUUUCCGAUGGAAUCUCUCGAUAUGUCGGCGUUCACCGUGCGCGGCGUUACCGGUAUGAAGUUGGGCGCUCAAAACAGUCAUCUUUACGACUUGGCUGCCGUAAUCGUUCAUCAUGGUUCAGGUGCCGGGACAGGACAUUACACCGCUUUUGCCGUGCACGACGGUCAGUGGUUCCACUUCAACGACAGUUCGGUGCGUCCAGCGAGCACCGACGCUGUCGCAAAGUGCAAGCCUUACAUUUUGUUUUACGUACGAAAGGAGUUCUCCAUUCCGCCACCGUUGUGACAUAAUUUAACCGAGAAAUCUCGUAACGGUGACAAGAGUCUCGACGAAGAAACGCGAACGCACGAGCAACGAACGGAUGUGCUCGACGACGAGGAGGCCCGUGAUCGAUGAACACCUGGGCGAUCGAACGUCGACGAAAAUUAACCGAGAAAUCCGAAAUGGAGUAUCAGCUCUAAAAAGGAAAACGGAGACGUCCUUAUUCACCCGAAUCUUACGAAUUUAUUCGAGCUUUAACACGGAAAAAAAAGCAUCUCUCGGUCACGUAUCUCGUCGUCUUGGUCUAUCUCCUUUCGACGAACCAUAAAUUAUUAAAGCAAUGUGAAAACUCGCAAAUAGAAACUCGUCGGUCGUCGUAUUCUCGUCAUUAAGAGUGAUGAAACGCGUACAACGAGUUAGAUGAUUAAAAUUGGAAGUUUCCUCGUCGUGUAGGUUGUCGUCGUGACGUUGUUAUUAGCGCGUGCGAACGGCCACACCCGUACGAGAACUAAUUAGCACGGCGUGCGGACGCAUCGUUUCGACGACGCGAGAGUUCGUACGCGUUAAAGCCAAAAUAUAAGAUAGCCGCUAUUUCCAAGUUAUCGUGCCAGGUUUUACUGUACUCUAUCCUUCUUCUAUAUCUCCAAUCUAUCGUGCAUUUGAGCUCGCCACAGGAAAAACAAGGAGAGAGGGAGAGAAAGAAAGAAAGAAAGAAAAAGUUUCGUUGUUCUCGAAACUAUGUAAAUUCUACGUAAUAUCAUAGUCGCUCAAAUAUAUCGCGUAUAUACGUACACGAACGCAUAGCACGGCGAUCGAUACGCCUGCGCCUGCGGUGGAUGAUGCGCAACCCUCCCCUUCAAAAAAAAAAAAGGAGGAGAGAGAGAGAGAGAGAGG